AUGUGGUUUCCUUGUACUCACGCUGAUCCACUAAUAUCAAUUUGUCUCUUCCUUUCCUCAAAACAAACUAAUACUGCUCGAGGUGGGACUGAGAGCUGAUCAGUUCAUUCAAUUCCCAGUUGAGUAAAAUGGCCACCAUUUCUGCUUGCACUGCAACCUCGUCUCUUGCACGCACAGCCCUCGUUCAAAAGGCAUCCGUCGCAAGGCAUUCAUCCGUUCUUGGGUUGCCAUCAAUGGCAAAGGUGGGAAAAGUAAGAUGCUCCAUGGAGGAAAAGCCCCAAGAGAGUGACUCAAAGUUAGGCAUGGGAGCAUCUUUGAUGGCUGCCGCCACCUUCGCUGCCACCAUCUCCGGCCCGGCCAUGGCUCUGGUGGAUGAGAGAAUGUCCACAGAGGGAACUGGGCUCCCUUUUGGCUUGAGCAAUAAUCUCCUUGGCUGGAUCCUUUUGGGUGUGUUUGCUCUGAUUUGGUCUCUCUAUACUAUCUAUACUUCCAGUCUUGAAGAGGAUGAAGAAUCUGGUCUCUCCCUUUGAGCAUGAAGUUUUAUAGUAUUUUGUGUAAUACUAAGUUGAUUCUUGUCUGAACCUUUGAACUGCUGCUUUAUUGUGCUUUUUAUGGUUCCCCCUAAUUGUAAUUAGGGUCAUCUUAUGCUACAGUAAAGGGUGUUUUUAUUUAGAUUAUUUGAUGAUCGUAUGUCGAAUGAUCGUGCGUCGAAUGUGUUCAUUAGAUAUGCAUACCGUUGGUUUAGAUGCUAAUAUGAGCACCGUGCAUGACAUUUUCUACUAG